UAAAUGAAAAAUGAGUGUUUAUUAUUAAUAAAUUUCGAAAAUGACCAAGGGUACUCAGUCAUUCGGUAAAAAGAACAACCACUCUCAUACCUACAACAGACACACUGGAAAAACAAAUCUUCAUAAGCACAAGAUCGAUUAUGACGCUAAGAAGAAGACCUGGAACUACACCAAAAAGGCUAAGAGGAGAGUUGCUCCAGGAACUGGAAGAAGAAGACACUUGAAAUUGGUCCACAGAAGAGCCAAGAAUGGUUUCAGAGAUGGACAGAGAAGAGCCAUUAAGACCAGAAACUAAGUAAUUUGAGUACAACUCUAUUUCUCA